GCCCGCAGCCGGCUCACCGUGGCCCCGGUGUCAAGGCAGGCGCAGUGGGAGGGGGCUGAAGCGCGCAGGGUCCCUUCCUCCCGGCUCUGUCCCUUGGUGCCCAAUGCUGCCUCCUCCUCCUCCAGCUGCCGCCGCUAAGCCGCCGGGGUGGGGGGGCUCCGGGACCCGCGAAGGGACUAUGGGCAACGGGAUGUGCUCCCGAAAACAGAAGCGGAUUUUCCAGACCCUUCUGCUCCUGACCGUCGCGUUCGGCUUCCUCUACGGGGCCGUGGUGUACUACGAGCUACAGAGCCAGCUCCGGAAAGCCGAGGCGGUGGCGCUCAAGUACCAGCAGCACCAGGAGUCGCUCUCAGCCCAGCUACAAGUUGUCUAUGAGCACAGGUCAAGAUUAGAAAAGUCAUUACAGAAGGAAAGGCUUGAACAUAAGAAAGCCAAAGAAGACUUUCUUGUUUAUAAAUUAGAAGCACAAGAAACACUAAAUAAAGGAAGGCAAGAUUCAAAUAGCAGAUAUAGUGCGCUGAAUGUACAACAUCAAAUGUUGAAGAGCCAACAUGAAGAACUAAAGAAGCAGCAUGCAGACCUCGAGGAUGAACACCGAAAACAAGCAGAUGACUUUAGGAGAACAUUCAGUGAUCACAAGCAGAAAUAUGUACAAAUACAGGAAGAGAAAGAGCAGGAACUCUCUAAGCUAAAAGAAUCUAUGUAUAAUUUACGAGAGGAGAAUAGACAACUUAGAAAAGCACACCAAGAUAUUCAUACCCAGCUACAAGAUGUCAAGCAACAGCAUAAGAAUUUACUCUCCCAACAUGACCAGCUUGUAGUGACGUUGGAAGACCACAAGAGUGCACUAGCAGCUGCACAGUCCCAGGUAGAAGAAUAUAAGCAACUGAAGGACACACUCAACAAAAUGCCAAGUUUUCGACAACCUGGGAAAUUAGAGCAGCCAAAUGUUCAACAGGAGGCAGCAAUGGCAGCAGUAACACCUACAAAUAGCAACCUCCCAGCACAUGAGAAGAAUGCAGCUGAAGAUCAAAAAGAGGUACUCCAGAAUGAGGCAAAGCUACAGGAGAGGGAAGAAAUAAAUGUCAAGAGAAGAGAAGAUGGCGAUGAACCUUUACAUGUAGGCAGAAAAGCAAAUGAGGGUCAUCCUCAUAAAGAACUGAAUAUUCAGCAGCAACAAGAAGCAGGAGAAGAAGAAGAACAUCACCUGGAACAAGUUGAAGAGGAGCACAGAAAAGAACUUGAAGAGGAAGAAAUGGAGCAGGCAGGGCAACCUGAGCACUUGGUGGAAGAACAGGAUCAAGCACCAGAAGAACAUGAAUGGAAAGAACGUGAACAAAAAGCAGCAGCAGCAGCCAACAUGCUGGGUGAACACAUUCACUCAGAGGAAACUCUGACACGGAGUGUAACAAGAAGAUACAAACCGGCCUAUGAGGAACAGUUGGAACAGCAACGUCUGGCAGCCCAAAGAGCUGAAGAAGCCAAACAGCUAAGGGAGCAUCAGGAAUCUCUACACCAACAGAGGCUGAAAGGGCAAUUAUUACGGCAGCAGCAGCUUCAGGAAAAAGAGCUUGCACUACGGAGACAAGCGGAACGAGGAGAAGAGCAGUACAAAAACCAGCUAAGCCAACAAGCUCAUUAUGACAAUAUGGACCAUGAUAUUGUACAAGGAGAAGAGGAGCAAGGCAUCCACGAAGAGGAUGGAGUGUAUGAAAGGGACAAUCAGCACCAAGAUGAAGCUGAAGAAGUAGAAGAUCAAAUUAAUGCCAAUGAGCAGCAAGAACCAGAGCAUCGAACAGAAAACCAGCCGGCAGAUGAGCCAGUGAAAGCAGCAGUGGAAGAUGUGAACCCAGCUGAUGAUCCCAACAAUCAGGGAGAGGAUGAGUUUGAAGAAGCUGAACAAGAGAGAGAAGAGAAUCUGCCAGAUGAGAAUGAACAACACAAACAAAACAAUCCGAAGCAGGAGAAUCCUGAGAUGGAAGAACAUUUAGUGAUGGCAGGAAAUCCUGAUCAGCAAGAAGACAAUGUGGACGAACAGUACCAAGAAGAGGGAGAAGAGGAGGUCCAGGAAGAUUUGACUGAAGAGAAGAAAAAGGAACUGGAACACAAUGCUGAAGAGCCAUAUGGUGAAAAUGAUGAAAAUGCUGAUGAAAAAAACAAUGAAGGUGCAGACCAUGAGCAAGGAGUUCAAGAAGAGAACAACCCAAAAGAAGGUCAUGAAGAAAAUUAUGAGGAGGAAGAGGAGGAGGAGGAGGAAGGUGGUGCCAUUGCAGCAAAAGCUCAUAGAAGAGGGGAAAUGUAACACUGAUGUUUUAUGGGUUCUGUUCAACACAAGAUCCUUGCUUGAAACAAACUUUUUUUCUAAGGAUAUUUAAUUACAAUAAUUCAAAGUUUGCCUUUUAUGUUUUUUACUUUUCUAUUAGGUGCUUUCAUACAUAUCUGUGAAUACACUAUUUUGAUAUUCUAGAUUAGCAUCUCUUUUAUAUUAAGGCAACACAAGGACAGACAAUGGAGUAGGUCUCAUUCUUUUCAUAAUUCUGGUAAUGUUUUAAAAGAACAUUUUUGGUAUAAAUUUAAACUUUCAUAUUGUCCAAGUUCGAAAAGCACAUUUGGUUUACACUGUGACUUACUUGGGAAGUGAUCUCAUGCCUGAGUCAACAUGAUUCACUCAGAUGGAUGCAUUGCCUUCGGUAGUUCAUAUGUGAGUAAGGACUAGCUGAAUUGUGCACUGAAGCCCCAGUCCUGAAAUGCUUAUGAGCUUAACUUUUAGGUCACAUCAGUAGUCUCAUUUGCUUUAUUGGGUCUAUUCACAUGCUUAAAGGUAAGUAUGUACAUGUGCUUGCUGGAUCAAAUUUCAGUGUGUAGAUGCAGUGAAAUUUUAAAUCAUGCAAGCUCUCCAAGCUUUAAGUUUAACAGCUGUUUAUUUACAAUUAUUUUGAAACAAUUUUAAUGUGUAUCAAGGUGCUUCAGUUGCAAAAACACUAAAGGCAGUCUUAAAGUAUAUGUAUAAUUUCUGAGUAGUUCCCUACAUAAUGCAAUCAGAGGGGCAGAAUUAAAAUAGUACCAUCAGCUGAAAACAUACUUUGCACAAGAAGAAUAAAGAUUUACAGCAGGGCUACUCAACACGCAGCCCGUGGGUGGGAGCCAAAACAAAAUAGUCGUCAAUAUAAUGGUCUUCUGUUGAUAUGCAAUUUAGUAGUUAAAUUCCUGGACUGUCAUUGAUAAUUAAAAGUGCUGUCAUAUGGGUAGAAAUCAGGUAAAUAUUGCAUUUUAUUAAUAUCAGCACCACAGAUUUAAAUGGGGCCUGCGUUUUGUGUAGUCUUGCCUUAAUCUUUGUAUUCAUGCCCGUCAGUGUGAAAGAAGCUAUUUGCAUAUAUUUGCAUGUACAUGCAACCACACUUAAGUUGUGACCCUUGCCAUAUGCUGUAAAUAUCAUUGUGGGCCCCAGGGCCUUCCAGAGUUGAGUAGCCCUGGUUUACAGGAAGAAUAACUGGAUGCUACUCAAACUAGUUCAUAAAUGGUUAUCUGCUCCACUAUCAGGAAAUCACUUUAAUGAUCAAUUGUGUGUGAGGCCUGCUGUACAUGCAUUUUGGAAAGUAAAAGGGCUUAAGGCAUUUGAAGUUUGUUAAUAAGACUGUUAAAAUAUCCCCUUCUGAAUUUAGGCCCCCAGGUUUCUAGUGGAGGUCAUCCCUAGGGAUGUCUAUAUAAAGUGUAGUUUGUGCUUAGUUGGUGAACAACACACUAGUGAUAAAACUAAGCACAUUGCAGUGUGUCUUGCCUCCCUUUAGCACUGCAUGCUGAAAUGUCAAUGAACUGGGCCUCUGGUAGGUUAGUAUUAAGUAUACCAAGUCCUACAACUAAUGUAAUUGAGGUGCAUGAAAAUAUACAAUAUUUGUACUGUUAUACACCUUUGUUGUUUAAUUUAAAGGGGUUAGGCCUAAGGGCUGUAAUCUAAUCAUUGUGGUACUCUUGAAUUAACCCCUGGAGAAUGGAAAUCUGGAUUUCCAAGGCUAUGUCCCAUUGCUGGAAAUGAGACAUGCCAUGGCUACCAACAAUAAGGUGAUAAUAUAUUAAGUGUUUCUCUCUAAUUUUUUUGAAUAAUACAUAACUAAUAAUUUUUAGUUUAACCUUUUAAUAUGAAUAUAAUUUAAUUCAAUUUCUACUAACUCAAUUUUACAUUUUUAAGAUAGUUUUACUAGUUCUAAUUUUUUAAAGUAUAUCCUAUAUAUUUCUUACAUUUCAUAGGAAUAUUUUGGCCAACAUGUAUUUUGGAUUUUCCGGUUACCAUAUUUACAUUAUGUAUAAAAAUGCCUGUUUAUGUAAUAACUGUAAAGUGUAUAAUAUGUACAUAAUCUUCAGAAUACAAUUAUUUUGAUAAAUUGGUCUUUUUUAAUGUCACUGUUGCAGAAUUUAAUUAUUUGAAACAUAAAAAGUUGCCUGCAGUCAAUAAAACUAGAAUGUGGGUUA